AUGAGUGUCGUACCGCCGGAGAACACCGACAGGCUCGAACAUGAAGUGCAGCAUGAUGCUGAGCUCCGCCAUGAUAAAGAGAUGCUAGAGCAUCGAGAGCACGCUCACACCGAAGACGAGAAGGCGCAUACCAAAGAGGAAUUGGCUCCCGCAAGUGGAUCUUCCUCUGAACCGAACAGCGAGACGACACCAGAGUAUCAAACCAAGACAGUAUGGACGCUGAAGACCUUCGUUGCCACGGUUGCUCUUAGCGGGCUCUACGUUGGCUCUCAGAUUCCCCUCUACUUCGUGGGUGGUUCCCUCACAUUCAUCGCCGCAGACAUUGGUGGAGCGGAGGCAUCGGCCUGGUUGACCGUGGCCUAUGCACUCACCCUCUCUGCGGUGGCUCCUUUCUGCGGCUAUCUCCAAGAUCUUCUCGGCCGUCGCCUCAUCACCCUUGUUGGUGGCGUCUCGCUGAUGAUGGGCUGUGUCAUUAUCGGGACUGCUCAUAAGUUCGGACAAGGGGUUGUCGGUAUGGCGUUUGCUGGCGGUGGUGCCGCGAUUGGUGAAUUGACUGCGCUUGCCGGGACUUCUGAGCUAGUGCCUGUCAACAAACGAGGCAUUUACCUUGCUCUCGUUACAGCUUUUGUGCUCCCAUUUACGCCAUAUCUGCUGUUCGCUCAACUCUUAUCGACCUACCACACUUGGAGAUGGGGCAUGUGGAUUUGCGUGAUCUGGAACGGUCUCUGGUGGGUUCUCAUCUUCGCCGUCUACUUUCCAGAGUCCCAGACCCGAGCAAAAGGGUUAGAAGCCAAAGCCAUUCUAAAGAAGAUUGACUACAUUGGUGGUGCUCUGUCUAUUAUGGGUUUGACGCUUGUGCUGGUCGCUCUUCAAGCCGGAGGUUACUCUCACCCUUGGAAGAGCGCAUAUGUCAUUGUACAACUCAUCAUUGGCAUUCUUCUCAUCGCCGCCUUUGUCAUUUGGGAAUGGAAGUACUGCAAAGAACCUAUGGUGCCGCAUGAGAUGUUUUCAGGACAGAGAAUUGUUGGAAUGGCUUAUGGAAUCGCCUUUGUUGCAGGUAAAGACGACUCUUCCCUAUCCUGGCUCAACUGUGCCAUGAAUCAAAGGAGUGAAAAUGCUUUGCUGACAUGGGGUCUUUCUACCACAGGCAUGAACUUCUACGCCAUGCUGAACUUCUUUCCCCUGGUGUACAGCACGGUGUUUGAACCUGAUCCGGUCCAUGUUGGUCUUCGGGGUCUCGGUCCCGGGUUGUCCACCACCUUUGGUGCGGUCUUUGCGAAUGCCGCCUUGUCUUGGUUCAAGGGACACAACCGAGAGAUCCUCCUCGCUGGCUGCAUUAUAAUGACGGCCUUUGGCGGCGCUAUUGCUGCAAUCACUCCUGACCGGGAGGGUCUCGCUAUUGGUGUAGGGACAAUCACUGGCUUCGGGGUCGGCGCUGUUCUUGUCCCGGCAGCCACCGUCGCCAUCACUGUGACACCGGACACGUCGAUCGCUACUUGUGUCGCCCUGUCGCUCACCAUCCGCGCCGUGGGCGGGAGUAUCGGCUACGCCAUCUACUACAAUGUCUUCAUUAACAAACUCACGCCGAAACUCCCCGCGUACAUUGCACAGUAUGCCGUCGCCGCAGGACUCCCGCUCUCAUCCGCUCCCCGUUUCGUCGAGACGUACCUUACCGCGCCCACCAAUCUGACGACCGUCCCCGGUGUCACUCCGGACAUUAUCGAGGCGGGUGCGAUCGGGUCCCGCUGGGCGUACGCCGAGUCGCUCAAGUACGUGUGGCUGACGAGUAUUGCGUUUGGCGGGUGCGCCAUCAUCGCCUGCUUGUUCAUCGGCAACAUUGGCAAGUACAUGACCAACCGCGUGGCCGCGAGGAUCAGGUAG